CUCUGCUCAAAGUGAUGACGUGAUCUGUUUUGUGUUUACAAAUUUAUAAUUUAUAAUUUUUAGAUCAAACUGUGAAUAACGAAUAUAUUUAAUAUAAAAUUGAAUAAGAUUGCUUGAGAUUUAAUCAUGGAGUCAUUGAACGAAGACAGUGAUGAUCAAACAACAAUUGUUGGAAUUAUUUUAGCAAUAUUUGUGGUGUUAAUAACAUUAGUUGUAUUCUAUUUUCGCCAGAAGAACAAGUCACUGGGACGAAAUAUUUUACUCACUGGGCUCAGUGAUUCUGGUAAAACAACAAUUUUCACACGUUUGAUUCACUCAAAAAUUGUUGAAUCAUACACUUCAAUUAUUGAAAAUGUUGGAGAAAUUCGUGUAAACAAUAGUCUUCUUAAAAUAGUUGACAUUCCUGGUCAUGAACGUCUGAGAUAUAAAUUUUAUGAAAAACACAGAUCAUCAAUGAGAGCUUUAAUUUACAUGAUUAAUUCAGUAACUGUACAAAAAGAAAUUCGUGAUGUUGCAGAGUAUUUAUAUAAUCUAUUGAUGACUGUUGAAACACAAAAGAAUAUAAAUGUACUUAUUCUUUGUAAUAAAAUGGAUAAUACACUUGCUAAAAGUAGUAAUGUCAUAAAAGAUAUAUUGGUAAAAGAAAUUAAUCUUUUACGUACAACUAAAACAAGUGAAUUAGAAACAACUGAUUCAUCAACAAAAAAGCUAUAUCUUGGUAAACAAGGAAAAACAUUUGAUUUUAAUGAUUUAAAUUGUAAAAUUGAAUUUGCUGAAUGUAGUACUCAUGAAAUUAAUUCACAAAAAACAGUUGAUAUUAAUCAAUUAGAGGAAUGGUUUAAAAAAUUAGUUUAAAUUAUUAAACAAACAAUUUUUAUUUAAGUACUUUUUUGCUUAAAUUUGUUCUAUUAAUAAUUUUUUUUUAAAUGUAUUCUAUUAAAUUUAUUAUAACUGAAAAAAUUUAUAUUAAUAAAAAAAAUUAUAUGUAAUUCA